AUGGGCAGCACACACUCCAAGAAGGACUCCGAGGACACGACCAGCCAGGCAUCUGACGGGAUCUGCUGUGUGGUGCCACGGCCGCCACGACUCUCCACCAUACUGCGCAUGCUGCGGCGCCACCUGACUCCGGCUAAGUCCGGCAUGCAGAGGCAAAAGCAGAAGCAGAAGAGCGUGUCAAAGCGCCGGGCCCUGCACCGACCCAUGCCCAGAUGCUCCUCCUUUGGCUCCUGCGGCACCCUGCUGACGCCCACCAAGCGCCGGUCGACGACCAGCUCUGCCUCCGGCUCCAGCUCUAGCUCUGGCACCGCAUCCAUCGCCGAUCUACACUACGCCCAGUGGAAGUGCAUGUUCGAGCAGGAGCAGCAGCAGCAACAGCAACAGCAGCGGCAGUUGGGCUCUUCGCAGCACAACACCAGCGAGGCGCUCUCCGGCCAGACAACGCCACGGGGCUUCCCCUCGCACACGGAUCCCAGCCGCUGUCUGGUGCCCGAGGAGCCGCUGCCCUCGCUGCAGUGUCCACUGUACGACUACGUGGGCGAACUGAAGGUGCGGCGCCGCCUUAGCCUGCGCAGUCCACUGCGCCGGACCUCCAGCACCACCAGCCGGCAGCGGUCGCAGGCCCAAGCACAGGCACAGGCACGGGCCCGUCUGGAGGCACAGCUGGAACGGGAGCUGCGCGACCUGGAGGAGUACUACGGCGGAUUUCACUUUUCGCAGCGCGGCGAACGCUUUGUGCGCAUCUAA